CCGAGCGAGAGCCCCGCGUUGUUAGUUGAUACAUUGGGUGAUUCAUUAGUUUUUGUGUUGAUGAAAUUUGAAAAUGGUGGAGUAUGACGAUAGGCCGAUCCAGCAUGACCCGGAGUUUAAGGGCCCUCUGAAGAAUCGCUCGUGCACCGAUAUCCCUUGUCUUUUGAUUUUUGUGGCGUUCAUUGUGUGCUGGAUUGCUAUUGGACUCUUUGCUUUAUCAUCCGGAGAUAUCGAGACCCUCUUGGCUCCAAAAGACAGUGAAGGUCGAAAAUGUGGAGUGGACUCGGAGAUGUCGAACAAAUCGUACCUCCUCUUCUUCGACCUAACGAAAUGCGAUAUCACUCACAAGAAGUGUUAUACGCCUCAAGUUUGCCUGGAGAAAUGUCCAACCGAGAACUGGGUGUUCAAAGACACCGAUCCUCUGGAGGACAUCAGGCAGAAGAUCAUCUGCAAGCCGGGAGUGGAUGUCACGAAUAAGGAUCGCACCCACAUCCAGGCGCUGAUCUACGUCUCCGCGUGCGCUCCCAUGUACUUGAAGAGCAAAUCCGUCGUGAACAGAUGUGUUCCGACGGACUUUUCCGCGGAUUUCAUCUCUGAUGCCAUUUUAGGAAAGUUGAAACAGGCAGAGGAGAUCAUCGGAUACCUGACGUAUGCUCAAGGGGUUUUUGAUAAAGUCGUUUCAUCCUACAAAUCGGCUCUCGGAAUUGUUUGCGGUGGGGCCCUCAUGUGCAUUAUCUACAUGUUUCUGCUCAAGUGGCUAGCGUUGCCUUGCGUUCUCAUCGCGAUAUUCGGAGUGUGCGGAUUGUUCGGUUAUCUUGGCUAUCUGAGUUAUCAGUCCUACUCGGAAACUGACUCAUCAGCCUGGCUGAUUGUAACUAUUAUUCUGGGCUCGGUCGCGGGGAUUAUCGCAUUGCUGACGGUAUGCCUGUGGCAGAGGAUUUAUCUGGCUUGUCAGCUGAUCAAAGAGGCCAGCAAAGCCGUGAUGUCCGCCCUCUCAAGUCUCUUCUUUCCGAUCCUCCCCUGGCUGACCCACAUCGCCAUCAUCGUCUACUUCUUCUACAUCGGAUUCCUCCUGAUAUCUAUCGGAGACCAGGAAUUCGUCAUCGAGCAGUCGCCGAACGUCGUCACAGACAACUGCGUCUGUCCUUCGUGGCUCAACUACAACAUCAACAGCUCCUGUGACCCUGCCCUCUUCAACUCUGAGUGCAGAGAGAAUGCGGAAAUGUGCGUGUCACGAGCGUGCCAUCUCCGGGGAGUGGACAACCCCCCCUACAUGAAGUGGAUGUACCUUAUCCACAUCUUCGGGGGCCUCUGGCUCUACUUCUUCAUCUCCGCUCUGGGGGAGAUGACACUCGCAGCGACAUUCGCCACAUGGUACUGGACCAUGAACAAGAGCGAUGUUCCAUUCUUCACGGUUACUGUGAGCCUCUGGAGAACGAUUAGGUAUCACCUAGGGACAGUAGCCUUCGGCUCCCUCCUGAUAACGAUCUGUCGCUUCUUCCGGAUCGUCCUAGAGUACAUCCACCGUCAGUCCACAGCGCAAGGAGGUGGGCAGCUCCUGGGUACCUGCGGGACGGCCAUCUACCGCUGCACCCAGUGCAUCAUGGUCCUCCUGGAGAAGUUCCUCAAGUUCAUGAACAGAAACGCCUACAUCGUGUGCGCCGUAUACGGAAAGGGUCUCUGCGCCUCCGCCGGGGACGCCCUCAGCCUCCUCAUGAGGAACAUCCUCCGGGUGGUGAUUCUAAACAAAAUAGUCGACUGGCUGCUCUUCGCGGGGAAGAUCCUGGUCACCUGCACGAUGAUAGCCAUAUCCUGGUGGUACUACAAGGAGGAAGAGGGCGAUAAUGAGUUCUGGUGGGUGCCCACCAUUCUCGUUGGACUGGGAUCGUAUCUAGUCGCUUCUGUAUUCUUCAGUGUUCAUGCCACCGCUGUGGACACCAUCUUCUUGUGCUUCCUGGAGGACUGCGAGAGACAUGAUGGAUCGGCCGAGAAACCUUAUUACAUGAGUCGGAAAAUUGCGAAAUUGUUGAAUUUGCAAUAAACAAUCAUCUUCAGAGGGAGUUGUUUUAGAGGGAAAUGUAAAACAAAUUCUCUAGAUAAUGAAGAGGCCUUGAAAUGCGGGGAAAAUCUCGCGUCAUGAAUUCUCAGUCACAGGGGGAUGAAAAAAUCUGGGGGAUAAUUUAAAAAAUUUGUUCCCUUUCAAGGCACUAGAUCGGACGUGUUGACGGUGAUCUGAGGAGGAUAAAUAAUUUUUUAAAAUGUUUAAAAGUGCGAGGUGGUGACAGACGUGAGCGCCGCCAUCUUGUUGUGAUUUACCUCCCCCUUCCUCUGCCGGAAGGGGCGUUAAAAAUGGCGGCGUUCUCGCUUUGGGUUUUUAAACAUUUUUCAUUCUCUUCAGAACACUCAACUCACUCCAUCAGAUUUCUAUAAAAUAAUUUUUUAAAGCAAUCUUUUAGAUACUUCAAGCCAUUUUUACCAGAGAAUUCAUGGCAUAAAGUUUUUCCUGCAUUUCAGUAUUUUUUUUCACUCUAGAUGCCUCUUAAAUUGAAUUUCAAAAAAUUUGGUGAUAAUUUAAUAUCACUCAUUAUCAAGAUGAUUAAAAAAUCGUUGGGUCAAAAUUUUUUAUUUCGAAUUUCCAAUGUUUUCUUUUGAGAUAAUUCAAUUUUUAUGAUUUUUUUACAUUUUGCAUUAAAAAGAAUGUAAAUAAAAACAGACGGUUGACAUAG